GCUACACUAACGGCGGAGACUCUGUUAUCUCGCCGUUAAAUCUUUCUCUCAAAAAAAAUCAGAGGAAAAGAAGAAAAUUAAAAAUCGUAAAUUUUAAUUUGAGAUUUAUUUGAUUUGAUCGAUUCGAUUCGAUUGGAGGAGUAUCGGAUGUUGAAAAUCUCCGAUCGGCCAUGAAAGGCGUCUCUUCGACGCCCGGAGAUUACGUCUACUUCAAAUCUCAGGUUCCUCUUCACAAGAUUCCCAUUGGGACUAAGCAAUGGCGUUACUAUGACUUUGGUCCAAAGACUGUUCCUCCGCUCAUAUGUAUUCCUGGAAUUGCUGGUACUGCAGAUGUUUAUUAUAAACAGAUUAUGGCACUCUCUAUGAAGGGUUAUCGGGUAAUUUCAGUUGACAUACCACGGGUUUGGAGUUAUCAUGAGUGGAUUCAAGCAUUUGAGAAAUUCUUGGACACCAUUGAUGUUCAUCACGUUCAUCUCUAUGGUACCUCCCUUGGAGGCUUCUUAGCACAGCUCUUUGCUCACCACCGUCCAAGAAGGGUUAAAUCAUUGGUUCUAUCGAAUACAUAUUUGGAUACUCGCACAUUUGCUGCUGCAAUGCCAUGGGCUCCUUUUGUUAGUUGGACUCCUUCUUUUUUGUUGAAACGAUACGUCUUAACAGGAAUACGUGAUGGACCUCACGAACCCUUUAUCGCUGACUCUGUGGAUUUUGCUGUUUCUCAGGUUGAGACAUUGUCAAAAGAUGAUUUGGCUGCCCGGUUAACCUUAACAGUGGAUGCUGCUUCCGUGGGAUCUCUACUACUCUCUGAUUCGGCCAUCACUAUAAUGGAUACGAAUGAUUACUGCGCAAUACCACAACAUCUUAAAGAUGAACUUACAGAGAGGUAUCCCGAAGCAAGGAGAGCUUACUUAAAGACUGGUGGAGAUUUCCCGUUCCUAUCACGGCCCGACGAAGUCAAUUUGCAUCUACAGCUGCACCUGAGGCGGGUAAAAGUAGAACCACGGCCCGAGGUGGUUAAUACCAUUUCAAAAGACGGCGCAGAUGGCACAGACAGUAGCAGCCAGAGCAAGGAUGAGGAGAAGGACGACCGUAACAACAAUAUGCCUCAAGGCUCCGGAAGCUCAUCUUCAGAUCAAUCACCAACAUUUCCAGAAAGUUCCGGAAGCUCCAAUGAUCCGCCUUUACCCACAGACACCAUUCAGUUGCAAAGUUCAUCAAUAGACACCCUCAUAUUAGCACAAGUCGCUGGUGAAGUGUAUCAGUCAUGUCUGCUUUUCACGUUGUGUUACUGUACAUUGGUUUUGGUUCAUGGUGGUUUCAUCUCCAGACAAUCGGUUUAGUGUUCUUCAUUAUUUAUUAUUACCCUCUUUUGCUGUUUAAAUCUUUUUUACCUAUGUGUUUCUUGAUCUGUUUUGGUUUCUCUUGACUUUUGUGUAAGUUUGACAGACAAAGCAAGAGUUCUUUGUAUGUUUCAAGUUAUUACACUUUCGGAAAGAAAAAAAAAGUUUGGUUUGUU